UAUCUAUGGCAACAGUGGUGCUCCGUGGGAGUAGCAGAGCUGUAACGCCUUCCUAUGUUCCCAGUAUGGGUCUGUUCGGAUGCCACACCGCGAGUACUCAACCUCCGUCGGACUCCGUAGACAUUUAGCAGCUUGGGCCGACGACGAACCGGAGAGAAGAACCUUUUUGCGUCGGCUCUUAUCGGAAAAGCGAGCACGGCCAGAAAUAUUGGGACGGGAAUCAAGUCCAGCUCGUCUCCCAGCAACGGGAGAGCUCAUCGGCGGGUCGGGAUGUCUUCCAAGGAACGUCUGAAAUUCGGCAAGGAGGACAGCGUUACCCUUCUGCCAUGUUUUUAUUUUGUAGAGCUCCCGAUUCUAGCCCUGUCUGUCAUCAGUCUCUACUUCCUGGAGUUGACAGAUAUUUUCCAACCAGUGCAUUCUGGGUACAGCUGCAACGACAAGAGUCUGUCUCUACCCUACAUCAUACCCCAACAGGAAGUUUGUCCUCUGCCUCUGCUCUUCAGCUUGGUGUUUGCCAUUCCAGUUGCCACCAUUCUCAUCGGAGAGGCCAUUGUAUUCUGCUACGUGUCGAGGAGGUCAUCAACAAUACAGAUUGAGACAAAUAUCAAUGCUGCAGGCUGUCAUUUCAACUCUUACAUUCGCAGGGCUGUACGCUUUAUAGGUGUCCAUAUCUUCGGCUUGUGUGUGACAGCGCUGAUAACUGACAUUUUUCAGCUCUCCACCGGGCAGCACACACCUUACUGGCUGGAUGUUUGCAAACCCAAUUUGACACACAUGAACAUGUCAAGUUGUGACGAAGCCUUUAUUUUGGAGGAUAUUUGUUCUGGACAAGACAUCAGCCUCAUCAUUGCCGGCAGGAAAUCCUUCCCUUCCCAGCAUGCAACACUGGCUGCCUUUGGUGCUGUGUAUGUCUCAAUGUAUUUCAACACAGUACUGACAGACUCCACCAAGCUGCUGAAGCCUCUGUUGGUGUUUUCUUUCAUCAUGUUGGCCAUCCUGGCUGGAUUAACCAGGAUCAUCCAGUUCCGAAACCACCCUGUUGAUGUCUACUGUGGAUGGAUGCUGGGCACGGCUGUUGCUAUCUAUCUGGGCAUUUAUGCAGUGGGACGUUUCCAGCCUUGUGAAACUAAACCGAGACGGCGACGCCCACCCUCCACCCUGAGAAAGUCUCCACCGCCUUCUGUCCCGAGUGUCAGCCAAUCAGAAGUGAGCAACAACCGCCAAGUGAGCCACCACAUGUUGACACCCAGUCAACCAGAACCAAUCAACACCAGGACCACGACCCGCACCUUCUCCCCCAAUCAGGCGGAACGGAUCCUCACACGAAGCUCCUCCUACCGGGAGCCCUCUCAGACCAGUCUGAAGAUCGCCAAUGCUGAAGUGAAGGUGAUCCAUCCUCCCAGCCCUUUGAGGAAUUCUGAUAAAACAUUCAACAGCAGCACACUGCCAAGGUCCCAUGGUGGCUCAUCAUUGGAGGGUGGUCGGGUUCCUCGGCGUCAUGCCUCCAUCCAUACUUCCAUGGAUUCAGUGCGAUCCAAGCAACUCCUCAGCCAAUGGAAGAAUAAAAACGACAACAGGAAGCUGUCCCUGCAGGUGAUGGAUGGCAUAAGAACAGCUUCCUUGUCUCCUCAAAGAAAUGUGGAGUUGCAUUACCCCGUGGAAGUGUCUGCCGUGGGCAUGGCUACGGAGCUCCACAGCGGAACCUACAUGCCUUCGGUCCCUGGCCAGGAAGUCCACAUCCCCUGCUAUAAUAACAAAAUAUCCGCCGUCUGUGUUCCAAUAGUCAAUAAUAAUCCCAUGGCCCAGAACGGAGGCACCGGUCUGGUUGGUGGACCCAGAAUGCCUAUUCAGUCCCGCCCUGGAUCUUCCCAACUGGUACACAUUCCCGAGGAGGAAAAUUCUACCAGCAAGGAUCACGAGAGUGAAUCAGAAGAUAGCACUAUUGAUCUGGUUGCCUUGGCUAAACAAAACUGGAUGAGAGGAGCAGAGAAGCCGACCAUCCCCUGCCGACCGCUCAGUGCAGGCGGUCAACCCAGACUCAUGCAGGUAAUGUCUUUCUCAAAACACCAGAGUUUGCUCGGCUCUCCUCGAUCCGAGGAUGGUGGCAGCGUUGUCAGUUGCACUGGAUCCUUCCGAUACAGAGCUCUGACGGACCACGACCCAUCACCACCCGCCUCCACGACUGGCGCCACGGAAGUGGAAGGCAAAGGUUUGGAACGAACCGGCAGUAUCGUCCGUGUUGAAGCCCACCCAGAGGCAAGAGUAAAGAAGCCCUUGGUGAAACCUCCAAGCACCGAUGGAAGUGGCUCUUGGCGAUGGAAUCCUGCAGAAAAACGUCCGUCGGUACGACAGGCAGCUUUUAACAUCAACGAUUUACACAGAAAUACCGACAGCUGUGAUUCCCUGAAGGACGGAGGGUCACUGGAUGGGCAGGAGAGUGAAAGUGCCAAAGUGGAAAAUAAAAGUGUCGGAGAAGGAGUCGCAUACACUGGCUACCCACAUGUUGGAUACCCUCUACAUCCGUCACAUCCCAAUAAACCCAACACCUUCCAGGACCCCAAUUCAGCCAAACCUCUCCCCCCGAGUGCCGUGAUUGCUCCUCCUUUCCACCCGCACCCUCAAGCCAUCACUACCAUUAGAGUCACCCCUGUUGAAGGCACUGGUGCCAGCAGCGACGGCAGCUCCGAAUGCCAGUCGGUAGCGUCGUCCAGCCGGGAAUCGACCUUGAGGAAAAAGAGCGUGAGCAAUAUUCACUGCAGCCAAGAUGUGGCGCUAAUCUCCGAUCACAUUCUCUGUCAGAAAAGCAACCUCUUUGACAGUGAAAGUGAAAACCUCCCACCUUAUCAAGACAACCCCAUCACCCCCCCGAGGCAAUUCCAAGGAAUGCUUAGUCGUCCGAGUCCGCACCCUCCGCCUACUUUGCCCCGCCCCAUUAUGUACACCCCUCCUCCACCUUCUGGGUUGGCUUUGAUGACGAGCUCAUGUGACGUUCAUGCAUCGAAACGUUAAAAUGGUAAAACCAACAAUGCCAGGUGAGUUUUUUCUUCUCUGGCCAGUAUACCCAGUAUACCCCUUUUUGGUCAUAGUAUCACCCUGACUGGGCCGUCCGUACCUACAAGUCAUGGCUUUAUAUGGGUUGAAGAGAUACUGUCAUCAUUCACUCAGCCGUUCUUAUUUGAUGAGGCUAAACUGUUAGCAGUGUUCAGUGGGAGGGCCGUGAGUUUUUGUAUAUUUGGUGCAAGAAUUUGUGAGGAAAUGUAAAACUUCCCAAAUUGGCUCAAACAAGGACAGAAAAAGGACGAGGUCUGAAGCACAACUGCAAGAUUAAGAUUAAGAUAUGCCUUUAUUCGUCCCUCAGUGGGGAAAUUUGUAUUGCACAGCAGCAAGAGUACAGAGUCGGUUAAGCAGUACAAAAUACACAAUGUAGAAAAAUAAACAAUAUAAACAACCCAAGUAUUAACAAAAUCAACAGUUUUUAUAUACAAUACAGUAUGUUGAUACAGUAAACCUUGGAUAUAUCGGAUUCAAUUGUUCCCACUGGUUUUGUCCGAUAUAAGCGAAAUCCGUUAUAUGCGUAUACCGGAAAAUGUCCGUUUUACACAUAUAUCGGAUUUAUAUCCGGUAUAUGCGUAAAUCGGAUUUUAUCCGUUAUAAAAAGGCACUUCCUUGACUAUGUUUCCAAUGUACCAAUGCAAACGCUGCAAAUGACGUCGUAUAGCGGCCUGUCACGAUUCGGCGAAUCGGAGCGCCACGAUGCGGCCAUCCGAUAUAUGCGAGGGAAAUUUAAUGAAAAUGCAUUGGAACGGGACUGGAGAUUUUGUCCGAAAUAGGCGAAAUCCGUUAUAAAAAAUCCGAUAUAUGCAAUGAAUUUUUAUUGGAAAUGCAUUACAGAAAAAUCAGGUUUUUUUUUAUCUGUCCGUUGUGAGCGAAUUUCCGAUAUAUCCGAGUCCGAUAUAUCCGAGGUUUACUGUAGUAUGAAACGAGAUGAGAUAUAUGACCAGUCUAUACACUAGUGAGUUAAUAUGAGGCAUUAUGGAAAUACUUCACAUAGAACUUAGUAUAUUGCAUUUAGAGCCCUUAGUAUUGCACAUGGAGGUUGAUCAGAUAUUGCACAGUGAAUGAGGUCUGGAGUAACUAUACUGAGUAUAAAAACAAAGUAUUAUACAAGAAAGCAAAUAUCUGAUUGUGGCAUUUAAGACAAAAAAUACGCUAAGUCAUAUGCCAAUGUUAUGUCCACACCACUACGGAUAUUUUAAAAAUGCAUAUUUUUCUAUGCGGUUUGGCCUCAUCUGUUUGGGAAAAACUUACUUUUCAGUGUAUGCUCGCCGACGUGUACAGCAGCUUUUUGCUUUGUUUUGUAAGAAAUGUGCCACAUGUUCUCCCGUUUGUAAAACAACAGCAAAUGAAAUGAAUCAAGUGCUAUUAAUUUGUGUCAACAAAAUUAAUUAAUCAGUUGCACAAAAUUUAGAAUGAAUAGGAGAAAGGGGCCAAAGAUGAAAGUAUGGCGCUAUAGCGUCACUUUAUGUACAACAUCAGCUUGUCAGACUCGUGUCAAUCCGCCCAUGGCAUCGUUCAAGCCACACUACGUACAUGAAUACUAUAGAAUCCUGAUCCGAACACCCCGAAUGUAACAAACAGCCUUUUUGUAUUUUGACUAGACCAGGGGUCGGCAACCUUUACUAUGAAAAGAGCCAUUUCACCCACUUGCCCACUAAAGAAAAAUAGCCUGGAGCCGCAAAACGUUGUAUGUUUAAAACAACAUUGGAGGGGAAAAAAAAGACGAGUUGGAGUACUCUUGCUAGUACUGGAGAUAAACUUUUGUUUUUAAAUGAGCUCUAAUUUAUUUUUUAGAAUCGUCAAAUAACUCAUUAAUAAUAAUUAAUAACUCAAAUAACUCAAAGUAUUACUCAUUUCCCUUCAUGUUAACCUGUCAGAGAGAACUGGAUAGCAUCCUGUCUGCUCAUUCAGUCACCAGUCAGAACUCAGUCAGGAUGCAUUCAUGGUCUCACACAAAGUUGGAUUUUUGUAAACUCAUAACAAAGACGUGCAUUUUCACCACACGGGUGCUAAAAAAUAUUCAAGCAUUGCAAAGGGAGCCGCAACAAAGAGGCUGGAGAGCCACAUGCGGCUCUGGAGCCGCGGGUUGCUGACCCCUGGACUAGACCAGUGAUUCCCAAAGUGUGGGCCGUGGUGGUACUGCAGGUGGGCCAGGAGAGGUCAUUAAAUAUAUGAUUCAUUUUUGCAAAUAUUAUUUAAAAAAAUAUUUUUAUUGUAAAAUAUUUAUUGCACAAUUUAAAAAAUAUAUUUAUAGGCCUAAGUAAUAAACUAUUGAGUGUUAUUGACCUGUUAUACCUUAUACAGUUUAUGAUUGGAACGUAGCUCUCUGGUCAUCAUGCCAGUCUUGAAUGCAGUUAUGAAAAGUACGAGAAUUAAUUCUG